UUCUAAGCCUUUGCUAUCGCCAUUGCAUCGGUUUGCAUCCUGGACGUUACUGGCGAAAUACCCAAUGUCCAAAAUCCACGACCAGCUGUAUGUCUGCGAGACAUGGAAAAACACAUGUGAUGGACGUUGAGGAUGAGCUGGUGUUCGCGUUAGUGGCGAAAAGAGCCGUCGCAUCUCCCACGCGAAUCCGAUGCGCAAGGCGCGUCUCGAGAUUGCAAAUCUCACUUGGCCAUAUUCUCCCACGACAUCACGACGCGCGACGAUGGCUUCGAAUCUUUACCGUGCGAUUGGCGUACCAUUCUCGUUCAUCAGUGGAUUAUGGAUUCCAGCGACUCUCCUCUGCUGUAUCCCGUGGGUGCAAAGACAGAUGCUCUACUUGCACAACAUCACCAUGUUUCCAGGGAAAUGGCUCGAUGAACCCGAAAGAGCUGGUUUCCUGAAAAACCAGGUCACGCCCUUCCGCGUCAUGACUGACGACGGCGAAAGACUGUUUGCGUGGCUUGUCGCACCUCUAGGAGUGUACGCUCGUCAUGCUGACGAGUUUAUUCAAGAACGACAGGGCGUCGCUAACAUGGAGGAGAGACUUGCCUUCAAGCUGCUACGCAAUGAUCCUGAGGCACGACUUCUCAUCUAUUUCCAUGGGAAUGCUGGUACGAUAGCCCAAGAACGGAGGACUCUCGAGUAUAGAUCGUACUCUUCGGGAGCGUCCGACAAGAUCUUCGUGCUGGCCUUUGACUACCGGGGGUUCGGAAAGUCCUCAGGCAUACCAUCAGAGCCAGGUCUACUGAACGAUGCAGAAGCGAUCGUCAACUGGGCCCUGAAAACAUGCAGAAUACCGCCAGAUCGCAUCGUGCUCCUGGGCCAUUCGCUGGGGACGGCCGUAGUUGCGGGCACAGCACUUCAUUACGCUGAUUUGGGGAUAGAAUUCGCGGGUUUGAUACUAUGCGCCGGAUUCACAAGCGCUGGUAACGCUUUCUCGUCAUAUACUAUUGCCAACUUGUUUCCUGUUCUCGCACCGGUCAAGACCAUACCAGCCGUUCAAGCCUGGUUUAGCCGCAAGAUGCAGGACACUUGGAUGUCCGCCGAUCGCUUAGCUGAUCUUGCCCGUAAGUGACCCACGGCCUAAAUAUAAACGGCAAGGACGGAGAGAGUUUCCGCUAUUUGUGUUUCGAGGAUUCCU